AUGUCUGUCCGUCGACACUACUCAUGGCCAUUCAGUGGCUCUGCUUCCGGCGCAAGAGCCGAAGAGUUGCGAUACAAUCCGCGAAAGGUUGGCUCGUUGCUUUCUACCUCGAACCCACAAAGGUCCACCAAGCGAUUCACAGCGGUUGACCAACCUUUCGGCCCGGCACUGUCAUUGUACAGUUCCUCAGAAGAAGAAGUCAUCCUAUCUUCUGCGGGCAUACUAGACUCCAAAAUCGAGAAACGUCAAUUGCGACGACAGCGUCGAGAACGACGAGCAGAACACAAGCGGCGAAGACACGAGCGGAGACAGAGAUCAGCAGAAGCAAACAAUAACGAAGACGGUGCCACAGAAGAAAUUAUAAUAUCCUCAAUCACCCAGGCGAACGAAGCCCCAAUCGCGAUCAUGCGUCGGUUCGUUUGGCCACAUCUGGAAAAAGCGAGGCACUUUUUCCUUUCGCUCCACACUUUUCAGUACCUGACUGGAUCUUGGACUUCACACUUGAGACGUGUUGGUCCUACGGAUAAAAAGAGCCACGAGAUCAAGGCACGAUAUGCCGCCAAAUUGGCGAGCUCAAGUAAGCCAUCUUUGUCGCCAAAACAACCCUCGGCAGAUGAAGGAGGAAUGUCACUAUCAAUACCCGAUCGGAAUGAAUGGAUGUUGCGUCCGGAAAGACGGCAUCGUAGAUGUCACUCUGAACAACCACGGGCGUGGAGAGAGCCUAACCCGGGGCUGUGGACAUUGGCAGAGGAAUAA